ACCAGGCACCUGACGAGAAGGAAAAAGAGGCUUCAGAUGCCCAGCCUAAGGUCAGACUGCAUCUAGGUCACAGCGGCACCAGCUGCCACUCCUCGUCGAUGCCCAGGCCCUGAGCGGCCGCCUCCCUCUGGCUCCUGUGCCCAGAAUGGCCUGCACUGAGGUCCCGCAGCAGCCAGCCCCGCAGCAGCCCCAGCCCAUCUCCACAGAAGCCACCACCACCAACGCCACACGCUCUGCUGGGGGUCAUCGUGGUUCCUGGGACAGCGACCUGGAGUGCCUGGUGUGCCGGGAGCCCUAUAGCUGUGUCCGGCCACCCAAGCUACUGGGCUGCCAGCACUCCUUCUGCGCCAUCUGCCUGAAGCUCCUGCUGUGCGUGCAGGAUGACACCUGGUCCAUCACCUGCCCACUGUGCCGCAAGGCCACCGCUGUCCCCGGGGGCCUCAUCUGCAGCCUGCGUAACCAGGAGGCCGUGAUGGGGCUGCUGGACCGGCCAUGCCCGGAGGUGCGGCUCUGUCCUCAGGGGCUGGUGGAUCCUGCCACCUUGGCAGCAGGGCACCUCAGCUUGGCGGGGGAGGAUGGGCAGGACGUGGCAAAUGCCAACCGCGUGGCGGCCCGGCGCCUGGCAGCACAGCUGCUCCUACUGGUCUUGCUCAUCACCCUCAUCCUGCCCUUUAUCUACCCGGGCAUCACCAAGUGGGUGUUCAUCUCCAUCAUCAUCCUGGCCUUCCUGAUGCUCACCCUCUUCUGCUGUCACUCCAGCAGCCAGGCCAGCUGUUGGCCCUCCUCCAGGACCCUCUUCUGCACAGGGCAGAAGCACGGUGAGAUCGCUUACAUUGCCUGAGUGCCCUCUGACCAGGCAGUCCCUGGAACACCUUCCGCCUCUGCGGCCCCAUUACUCUCACAGUGAACAGGGUAAGCGACUCUGCGCUAAGACUGGCUCCCUCGGGAGAUUAAAUGCCAGCUGGACUCGCAAGCCAAAGCCAGAACGGCUGUCUUGGGUCAAGAACUGUGUGCUUGGAUGAUAGGCCUGUGCCUGUCCAGGGUAUAGCACAGCUAAACUAUUUGGGGUGGGAGAGGAGGCCCAAAUGACUUGAAGGCUACAAGGGGGCCUCCUGUUCCUCUUAGCCCAUUGGUCCUGGUUUUUCUUUACACACCUUCAUGAAAGUAUUGCAAUGUUGAUGUUCUCGCAGAACAAAUAGAACCGGAACUCCUUUUUUGCAAUUUAUGUAGUUGGUUUUAUUCUUUGUUUUGUUUUGUUUUGUUUUGUUUUUUUGUGUUUGGGGCAGUUUGUUCAUGUUCCUGGCUGUUACACAUUUUUCCUCUUGGGAUGCUGGAGCCCACGGAAGUCCUCCUGUGCUCCCCCCAGGGCUGCCCAUCUCGUGCCCAUCCCACCUCACCGAAUGUCCAGGGGGGUUGGGUCUCCCUUGAGUUGCUUCCAGGGAUGGAGGGAGGGAACUUGUACAGAACAGUGGUACUUCCUAUUCUGCCAGGGGACUCCCACAUUUAGUUGGUUGAUUUGGGGAGGGCUGGAGGGGACCAGGUGGGCCUGGGAAUUGCCCCCAGCAGCCCCCAGGAUUCCCCAGCUCUGUGCCAUCAGGCCCUGACUUCCCAGAGAAUCUCAGGGUUGCAAGGACAUCCCCCACCGGCAGUGGGUCCAGCUGCCCAUCUGAGGCACAGUCCCACGCUCUACAACCAAAUCUUUAUGGGUGCUACCUUCUUUAUAAUUGCAUCUUGAUUCCCAUUUGAGUGUUUGUCAUAAAGAUAAGA